CCCCUCCUCCCCGGCUUAACCCCCUCCAUGCCUCAGCCCCGCUUCCCUCCUGCUGGGGCCCCUGUCCUCCCACCAGCACAGGGGCAGGGGCGUCUGGGAUGCCAAGACUGGACGCUGGUGAGCCCAGGAGAUGCCGGGAUGGCCAAGCCCGAACUCUGGGUUCUGGGGACAGAGCCCAACCCUGGGGGGGGGGGUGUGUGUCUGCAACCCUCCUCCGCAGCUGGGCGACACGUCCCCACCUGCAGCCCCGAGAUGGCCCCUCCGACUCCUCUUGGCCGCGGGGCAGGGGCUCGGCUGGGUCUCCGGUGCGGGGGAGGGUUUCGCGCGGCGGGGGCUGGGGGCUGGGGGCUGGGGGGCGGCGGGGCGAGGCCGCGCUCUCGGCCGCGCAGAGCUGUAAUUUGUCGUUAUAUUUAGCGGGCGGCGCCGGGCCGGGCUUCGGGAGGGGGCGGCGGGGCUAUAAGCGGCCCGGGGCGCCCACCCUCGAAGCCGGAGCCCGAGCGAGGAGGAGACGGCGCUGGAACCCAUGGACACGUCGUACCCCCGCGAGGACCCCCGGGCCCCGACGGCCCACAAGGCAGACGGCGCCGCCCACACGGCCCUCACCCUGGGGGCGCCCAGACCCCCACCUCGAGACCACUUGAUCUGGUCGGUGUUCAGCACGCUCUACCUGAACCUGUGCUGCCUUGGCUUCCUGGCGCUGGCCUACUCCAUCAAGGCCCGGGACCAGAAGGUGGCUGGAGACCUGGAGGCAGCCCGGCGUCUGGGGUCCAAAGCCAAGUGCUACAACAUCCUGGCCAUGAUGUGGGCGCUGGUGCCACCGCUGCUGCUGCUGGCGCUGGUGGUGACAGGCGCGCUACACCUGUCGCGGCUGGCCAAGGACUCCGCUGCCUUCUUUAGCACCAAGUUCGAUGACUCGGACUAUGACUGACGGGCUGGGCCUUGUCUGCAUCCUGCCUACGGACCCUGACCCCAGGACCAAAUCCCAGGGCCCUGCUCCGGGGACUCUACCCUGACCCCCUGGAACCCUAUCUCCACCAUCUCAUCCUGGGCACCUAAUGCUGACCCCAAAGAUCCCUUGUUUGGAACCCAGUGGCCUCAACUCCAGCCCUGAUAGUCCCCGCUCCCCUACCUCCUUGUGCCCAGGCUGGACCCUCUCUCCUCAAACCAGACUCCUUCAGGCUUGGUUUCAUAAUUAAAAGCACCCGGUUCCAGAAACUGUCUCUUGGGCUUUUUGCUGGGGUGGGAGAGGGUUUCUUCCUGAGAGGAACCACCCCGGGG